AUGGCACCAAAGAAGGAUGUAAAGAAACCUGCAGCAGCCGCAGCACCAGCACCCGCGCCAGCGCCCGCACCCGCGCCAGCACCUGCGCCAGCUAAACCAAAAGAACCAACAAUUGAUCUCAAGAGCAUCAAGAUCGAGUUCUCCAAGGAGCAACAGGAUGAAUUCAAGGAGGCCUUCCUCCUCUUUGACAGGACUGGUGAUGCCAAGAUCACCCUGAGCCAGGUUGGCGAUAUCAUCCGCGCGCUGGGGCAGAACCCCACAAACGCCGAGAUCAACAAGAUCCUGGGCAACCCCAGCAAAGAGGAGCUGAACGCCAAGAAAAUUACUUUUGAGGAGUUCCUGCCCAUGCUGCAAGCAGCUGCUAACAACAAAGACCAGGGUACCUAUGAAGACUUCGUUGAAGGUCUGCGUGUUUUUGACAAGGAGGGCAAUGGCACAGUCAUGGGGGCUGAGCUCCGUCAUGUACUGGCUACUCUGGGUGAGAAGAUGACAGAAGAAGAAGUAGAAGAACUGAUGAAAGGUCAGGAAGACUCCAAUGGCUGCAUCAACUAUGAGGCAUUUGUGAAGCACAUCUUGUCCGUCUAAAUGGAAUUCCCCAGAUGCCAAGCGAACAAGCUGAAUUUGGAAAGACCAGAUGGCACCAGAGAUUUGUCUCAGUGAAACUUGCUCUGUCAAUCACUAUCAACACAGACACCAUGUAGGACUGACAACGUGCCUCCAAACCCGCUACUUUUUACCAGUGCAUCCAUACAUACCACCCUUUCAUUUCAAAAACCAAACUUUCAUUAAGGCAAGCUAGAUGGAACAAAGUGCUACCAUCCUCUGUCCAUCCAUCCUUCCAAAGCAUCUUUUUCCAUGUUGUUUGUCAAUGAAAUUAUAUAAUCCCUUGGAAAAUUAAAGUGUCAAUAAAUCCCUGUGGUCACUUUGAAGCUAUAAAAUCUUUCUUUCUCUA